CCCAAGUGAGUUGCGGAACGUAUUUCCGAAACCAUCGCCCCGCGUCUCACUUCAAACAAUAAAGCUUGUGGUCGAUUGUCCCUCGUACUCGAGAUCAGAGUAACCCAACGCUAUUCCCUGGCACUCCUUUGUUCUUUUAUGAAACUUACAUCGGCUUAUUAUCAGCUUCUGAUAUUGGAAACCGACGGAUAGCGGCCUCAUUUAUUUCUGCUGUACGAAAUUCAAUUACUCACGAAAUUCAAUUGAUAACCUGAGAAGUAACCACGGAUCAGGGAUAUUCUGUCAUUCAAAUACCUGAAAGCAAUCGAAAAUAAAAGAAAAUAAAAACCGAGGGAAACUCCAUCGAGAAGAAGACGUAGGAGAACGAAGAUGUACUUCAACGAUAGCAACAUAAUCAGCCCAAUGCAGGCUUUUGUUGGUGGAGUUGGUGUAGGUGGAGUUGGACAAGUCCAACAGAUGCAGGAUCGAUUGCUGGGUUGGAAUAUUCCACCAGACCACUCUGAUCUCGUUCAUCCCUACUGGCGUGGAUUUCUAGCACCAGGAAAAUUUUGGCACAUUGGACUGUCUUUGAUUUACUUCAUGCUAAUGGUUCUGUCAAUUGUGGGUAAUGGUUGUGUUGUAUGGAUAUUCAGUACGUCAAAGUCACUGCGAACACCUUCGAAUAUGUUUGUGAUAAACUUGGCAAUCUUCGAUCUGAUAAUGAUGUUAGACAUGCCAAUGUUUCUCGUAAAUAGUUACCUGGGACGUCCUAUGGGCUGGGAACUUGGUUGUGAUCUCUACGCUGCAUUCGGAAGUAUCUCCGGUAUUGGUUCAGCAAUAAAUAACGCUGCAAUUGCUUUCGAUCGAUACAAGACAAUUUCAUGCCCAAUUGAUGGUCGUCUGAAUGGCAAACAGGCAGCAGUUAUCAUUGCUUUAACCUGGUUUUGGACUAUGCCAUUUACACUUCUCCCUAUGUUCAGAAUAUGGGGUAGAUUUGUACCAGAAGGCUUCCUGACCACCUGUAGCUUUGACUACUUGAGUGAGGAUCAAGAUACGAGAGUCUUUGUUGGCAGUAUAUUCGUGUGGUCCUAUGCUAUUCCAAUGUGUUUGAUUGUUUUGUGCUAUUCACAACUAAUUGGAUCUGUCCGUAAGCACGAGAAGAUGCUCCAUGACCAGGCGAAAAAGAUGAAUGUGAAGUCUCUGCAAUCCAAUCAGGACAAAGAAAGAAGCGUCGAAAUGAGAAUUGCCAAGGUUGCAUUUACAAUUUUCUUCCUCUUUGUUUGCUCAUGGACCCCGUACGGAAUCGUGGCUAUGACAGCUACCUUUGGCAAUCGGGAUGCACUGACACCGUUCUCAACGAUGCUUCCGGCAUUGUUCGCCAAAGCUGUAUCUUGCAUUGAUCCAUGGAUAUAUGCCAUCAACCAUCCAAGAUAUCGACUGGAACUACAAAAACGUUGCAAGUGGAUGGGGAUUCAUGAGCCAGAGCCAACUCACGAUAAUACAUCAGCGGUUACUGAAAAAAUCACUACCGAUGAAGCAUAAGGAAUUUGUUACGCUGCUGAGACUAAAAUAUCACCUGAAGCUACAGUGAUCAACAAUGAUACUCAAGGAUACUGCAUUACCAACCACCACGAUUGCAGGCUCCCAUGAGUUUCUCGUUUCUGUCACAAUUUUUUCUCGAGUCACCUCAGGCAGUCACAAAAUUCAAUUUCACAUGAAUAAUUUGUCUUUAUCGAUCUAAAUGUUCACUGCUCCUUAAACAAUGAAUAUGUAUAGCAACAAAUUAGCAUUAAAUGAUUGGAAGCA